UGUUCGGAAGCCCAAGUCGGAACGGGAAGAGAGCCUUGGGACACGUCCAAAAUGUCGCACCUGCAGACUAGGGUCGUCAGUCAUACUCGUAAAGUUUGUUCUCUGUACAAGCGAGCUCUGAGGAACACUGAAGCAUGGUAUGAUAGACGACCUAUGUUCCGAUAUCGUGCUGUAUUACUACGAGCAAGAUUUGACGAACACAAGGAUGUAAAGGAUCUAAGGGUAGCUAGGCAACUGCUGGAAGAAGGGGAAAAAGAGCUCUUCAGUCUUCAACAUUAUCAGCCAAAACAAUUUCCCUUGUCGCCUGGAGGUGUAGCAUAUGGGCGUGUAGUGGAGCCACCUGACUGGGUCUUGGACUACUGGCAUCCAAUGGAAAAAGCAGAGUAUCCAGAAUACUUUGCUAGACGAGAGCAACGCAAAAAAGAAUACAUUCAAUGGUGGGAAAAGUCCUAUGGCAAACCAAUUGAAAAGCCCCAUUAAUGACAAAACAGUAACAUCUAAUUGUGCAGUGUAUAUAUAUAUAUAUAUGUGUGUGACUUAAAAAAGAAAGGGUUCACAAUAAUUUUUUAAAGUCAGAAUUGUUCUAAAAAGUAGAUGGUAAUGCAGGAAGUAAUAAAAAAUCUCUAAUGAA